AUGAUGCUUCUUAAAAUUUACUAUUUGAUAAAAUUUAAUUAGCUUUACAUAUCCUGUUUAUAUAAAAAAUUGAAUUUCACACUUUCACUUCUAUUUGCACCCCCUUUAAGUAUUACAUCAUAAAUAUCUUUGAAAAUUUAUUCUUGGUUUGUUAUUGAUUUUUUAAAUAUUAAAUUUACUUUUUAAAAAGAAUAUUAUCUUUCAAAAGGAAAUAUUUUAAGUAUUUCUAUUUCCCAAAUUACUUUGAGAAAUAAUUCAGAGCUCGAAUUUUAUAAAUUAAUUUUCUAGAAAUUAUACAAUUACUAAUCUAUUUUCUAUUCAAUAAGAUAAUUUGCAUGUAUAUUUAUCAAGAGCCAUAAGAUGAAUUUUUAUACAUUUAAAAUUGAGAGAGAGAGAGAGAAUGAUCGAUCUAAGAGAGCACCCACAGAUUUCUAUUCUAAUAAAUAAUUGACGAAAUAAGAUUACAUACAGAUAAUAAUUACAAAAUCAAAAUUAAAAAAAGAUAAUAGAUAAUAUGACCUGCAUAUUUUAGUCUUUUUUAAUUUAUUGUUACAGUACUAAAAAUUAAUAAAAAAAAAGAAUUUUCUAAUUAUUUUCUGA